AAAUCAAAUUUCGCGCGCUAAAAUGAUGUCACUACGCAGCACUGUUGCACAGUGUCGUAGCAUUUCUGUCUUGGUCAGCCAUAUUGUAACGUACUUUCCUUUCAUCGGCAUCAUGGGACGCUACUCGAACAACGCUCCGUAAAAACUUGCAAAUUUUUGAGGCAAAAUAACAUAAAUAUAGAUAAAAAUAGAUUGCAUGUGUAUGUUUUUUGUACAAAAAGUCAAAAACCGAGUAAUUUUAUGAAUAUUUAUUGCUUAACUACGAUAAAUUGAGAUAAGAACAUGGCGUGUACGAGACGGUUAGCGUUGUCAGUCGGAAAAUUUUUUAAUAAUCAAAUAAAACGCAACUUAACCUCAAAUGUUGCUGUUGCUGAACAAAUAGAAGAAACUAAUAAAGGAAAAAUAGUGGUGGAGAAAACAGGUCCAAUCACCUUUUUCGGAAUAAACAAUCAGAAAAAAAAGAAUUGUUUGGACCGAGCAGCAGCUGAAGAACUGUCAGAUGCUUUGGAUUCAUUCGAGCAAGAUGAUGACUCGCAAGUGGGUAUAAUCCAUGGUAUAGGCGGUAAUUUUUGCUCGGGGUUCGAUUUAGAAGAGAUUUCAAAAUGCGAGAGUGAAACUGACAAUCUUCCGCAUUUUGGGACACUGAGUAGCAAGAGCGAACUGUCAAAAAAACCGCUGAUUGCCGCAAUAAAUGGGUACGCAGUAGGCGUAGGCUUAGAGCUUGCUCUCAUGUGCGAUUUACGGAUCGUCGAGGAACACUCGCGGAUGGGUUUCCUGAACCGGCGCUUUGGAAUACCAAUAAUGUGCGGAGGAACUGUAAGAUUGCCAGCAAUGAUCGGAUAUUCACGAGCCAUGGACAUGAUCCUCAGCGGUAGAGAAAUCACCGGACAAGAAGCCUUCCAGUGGGGAAUCGCGAACCGUCUUGUUGCCUGUGGCGCUGGACUGGGACAAAGUGUAUCUAUGGCUCAGACGAUAAUAAAAUAUCCGCAGCGCGCAUUACUCGCCGAUCGUACGUCGUUACAUUUCGCAUCGCUAGGCGCCAAACCUAUAGAGGAGGCUCUUGAGUUCGAAAAGGACAACUCCACGGAUAUUCUGCUUGAAGACGGCAUUCACGGGGCUAAAAAGUUUGUUGAUGGUCUAGGGAGACAUGGCAAGGCUAGUAAUAUCACCAGGUUGGACAGGACUAGUUUUAGGGAAAUAAGCGAUGAUCUUCUGUAAGAGGUCAUUGUUGUGUACUAUUUAUCUCUUGGUAUUUAUAAUAAAAUAACUUUGUGCAA